AUGGGGAACGUGGGUAGCCACAGCGAGGGAGAGGAAGAAGAGGAGGAGGCGGCAGCAGCGGGAGGAGGAGGAGGAGGAGGAGGAGGAGGAACGGCGAACAUCGUCACCUGGAGCAAUAGUAACGGCAACUGGGCCGCUGCCACCAGCGAGUCACCUCCGCCGGGAGCUAUGGAGGCCGCCUUCCCGGGCCUAGCUUCCCCGCCGCCAGCUUCGUCGUCGUCGUCGUCGUCUUCUUCCUCCGCCGCCUCGACCCUCCCGCCGCCGGCGGUGUUGCUCGGAGAGGCCCGCCUGCGCGAGGAAGCCGCCGCUCGCCUGCGCGAGGUGCCCGCGGCCGAGUCGCUGCUCUCGCGCCACCACGCCGCUUUGGUGCGCUGGCUGGAGGAGCGCCUGGGCCGCGGGGAGCACGCCAUCAGCCUCGAGCAGCUCUGCGAAGCCUUGGAGAUUCGUGGAUAAGGUUGCUCUACUGAGAGGUUUUUCUAACUUUUUUUCCCCAACUAGGCUUUUGCUCAGUUUGAUCCUGAGGGCGAUGGCACAGUGGAUGUGGAAAAUAUGCUGGAAGUUCUCAAGAGCUCCAGUGGUGCAAAUUUGCAAGGAGAGCUUAGUCAUGUAAUCCGGCAGAUGCAAAGUUGUUCACUUAUUCCAGGUUUUAUAGAUAUAUUUUCAGACUCAAAUGAGCGCCUUAGUCUUCAUGCUACUACGAUUCUUAGAUUCCUGCAUCGGCAUCGUAUCACCAGCACUGUUAUCCCAUAUCCAGUCUUGGAAUACUUUAACAAUAUUUGCACUAUGCGCUCUUCUGUACUAAAGGAUUCUUUAGAUCGACUUCUCCUAAAAGAAAAGGAAAGUCCUAGUGAUUUAAAUGGAAAUCAGGAAUUGGACAAACUCAAAUCAGUUUCUAAGUGCUAUACCCAUAUAGAAACCUCCUCUAAUUCAGCCGAUAUAGACAAAAUGACAAACGGAGAAACUUCCUCCUUCUGGCAAUCAGAUGGGAGUGCUCGAUCACACUGGAUACGUUUAAAGAUGAAACCAGAUGUCAUUCUGAGGCACCUCUCCAUUGCUGUUGCAGCAAAUGACCAGAGUUACAUGCCCCAGCAAAUUACAGUAGCAGUUGGAAGGACUCCCAACAAUCUCCAGGAGGUCCGAGAUGUUCACAUUCCCAGCAAUGUUACUGGAUACGUGACAUUGUUGGAAAACGCUAACAUUAGUCAGAUGUAUGUACAGAUUAACAUCAAGCGUUGCCUUAGUGAUGGAUGUGACACAAGAAUUCACGGUCUCAGGGCUAUUGGGUACCAAAGAGUGAAAAAAGACUGUGUCUCUGUAUGUGAUGCUUCAGCAAUCUGGUACUGGUCACUUUUGACCUCUCUGGUCACAGCAUCCAUGGAAACCAACCCUGCGAUUGUUCAUGCUAUUCUGCAAAAUACCCAGAAGGCAUUGCAACAUAUGCCGCCUCUCUCUCUGUCUCCAGGCUCCACAGACAUUUCAAGUUUCUUAUCUUCCAAUGUCUUGGAAGAAGUGGACAAUUUUCUCCUGGGAAUUACCAGUUACUGUGCCUCUCCAGAAGUAGAACUUACGCUGCUAGCGUUUUCUCUGGCCAGAGGGAGCCUGACGAAAGUGUUGAAUUCACUUUGCACUAUUGCUGGCCACUUGGAAACUGCUUAUAAGGCUACUUCUCUAAUUACUUCCAUGGCUACAGUCAGGCAAAACCUGCUCUACAAAUAUGGAACAGCCCUGCAGUUAACUCUGCAAGCUUGUGAUGUCAAAGGGAAGGAAGACAAAUCAGGACCUGAAAAUAUGCUUGUGGAACCAUGGACAGGCGAUGGCUUCCUGACAGAGACCGGAAAAAGACAGGCCAGCAUCAUUCUCUCAACUGGGACAGAAUCAGCCUUUCAGGUCACACAAAUCAGAAUAAAGGUGCGGAGAGGAGCAAUUGGAGCCCGAUGUGGAUUGGUGUUUGCUUACAAUUCCUCUUCAGAUAAAUUUCAUGCAGACGAACAUUUCAAAAGAUUUGAGAGCUAUGACAAAUGGACACUAGAGGAAUUCCAAUGCUUCUUAAAAACAAGAAGUAGCAUUGUAUGUGAUGAACUUGGAGAGGAAGAUCCUGUUGGAUCGUUUGAAAUGGAAGAAGAAUGGGAUGAAGUAGAAGUGAAAAUGCAGCAGUGUAGAAUAUCUAAGUACUUGAUGGUAAAGUUCUUAUGCACCAGGCAAGAGAAAGCUGAACGGCUGGGAGUACAAGGAUUAAGUGUCUUUGGUUAUAUUCGCUCAGCAGCUGAAGAACCUAGCAGAAACAAGAUCUGUAGGGAAUGUGACAGACUAAAUGACGAUACCGUUUGUGGAAUGACUCUUCUUCUAAAAACUCUGUCUUUCAUUCAACAACUUGCACAAGAUUUGGUUCAGAAGAAGGAAAGUGGUCAACGAUAUAAAUCAUAUUUGGACUUCACAGGCCUGGAUUUAAAACUUUUCUGGAAUUUUUAUAGUAAACUUCACCAAAACCCAAGAGAAGAAUGCAUUGAUGCCCAGGCCGUGCUCUUACAACUUCUUCAGAGUUGCUUCUCAAUGCUUACAUCAGAUCCCAAAGCUGCAAAGACUGAGAAAGCUGCUCAGAAAACAACAGUAGAAAGUACAGAAGCAGCAGAGGAACUUUAUAAACAUUUGUGUGAAGUUGUUAACAGCAACAGUGAGUCCACACCGCUGAAGGCUUUGAAGCAGGAAAUGACUAACACAUUACUCAAUGGAGCAGCCAUCUUUUUCCUCCAUAGACAUACCAGGCGGGAGCAGCUCUUUGCAAUGCUGAAUAAUAUCACAGAGCAGAAACACAAGCCAUCUGUGCAACUUACUUUCAAAUCUCUUUGUGCUUAUUUUAGUGAUCAGGAUCCAGGUGGACUUCUGCUAUUACCAGAUAAAGGAACAUCUGCAGAUGUUGAUGUUACUCAAGUGCUAACAGUAAUGAGGACCCUCCUGAUGGUGAUGUCAAAAGAGUGUGAAAUGUUGAUGAAGGACAUUGUAUUGCAAGAUACUGGCCCUGUUCUCUCAUCCUUAUUCUGGUCAGUACAGGGUAGCCUCCUGUCUUGGUGCUACCUGCAACUUAAAGGCAAUGAUGCAGCAUCCAAACAUCUUGCCAAAGAAAUCCUUACAAAAUAUGUACAACAGUUUCUGUCAAGUAUUAAGACAAUUUUAGAGUCUCUCCUAUCUCAAUACAGCGUGAAAACCACUGUGGGAAAAUUAAGCAACUCUGUUUUUGCCAUGGUAGUCCGUCAGCUGGUGAUCUUUCUGCAGGAUUUCUGCAUUUUAGACAUCCCUCAUGGGAGCCUCCUGCAGGAUGUUAGCACAUUGACAAAAUUACUGAAUGACCUGUCUGCAGAGUCUGAAAAUUGUCCAAAUAAGAUGGGCAUAGAAAGCUGGCAGCAGGAGCAGCCAGUGGUACUACAAACGUGGACAGCAGAAUCUCCUCAUAAUUACAAUAACAACUGCCAUGAUGUGACUGUCUUCCUGUGCCCAGGAGCAACUUCCUUCGAGGUUGAGUUUGACGAAAGAUGCGAAACGGAGCAGAGGUAUGAUUACCUGGAAUUUACUGAUGCCAAAGGCGGCAAAACUCGCUAUGAUACCAAAGUUGGCACAGAUAAGUGGCCCAAGAAAAUGACCUUCAAAACUGGCCCUCGGUUGCAGUUUCUCUUUCACUCUGAUAGCAGUAAUAAUGAGUGGGGCUACAAGUUCUCUGUCACAGCCUAUGGAUUGCCUGAUGUUGACAUUUCUUGGGUCCUGGAUUUGCAUCUCCUUGUGGCCAAGCUAAUGGGGCGCCUAGCUUCACAGAGUAUGGUGUUGAAAUCUUCACAGGGGGAAGAUAGUGAAAUAGAAUUGCCUCCUACAGAAGCGGCAGCUGUUCUUAACUCUCCUUUAUGGAAACCUGUCUUCAGGCAUCGGAUGCCUUCUGAGCAAACACCAGUAGACAGAAAAGAAAGCCAAACUCAUCAGGAAAAUAAAAAGGCAAUCAACUCAGAUGCCAACUGCUGCCAUAAUUUUCUCCUUGAGUUCUCAAAGUCAGACCCCACCCAGGAGUUCUGUGGGCCAAAUUCUGAACUUUUCAAAGGACUCUUACAGGCAUGUAAUAAACAGGCCCCAAAGACAGAUAUAGUUGCUGGUUCCACUAUCGAUCAAGCUGUCCAGUCUACAUUUGCUGCUUUGGUGUAUCUCUCUCCAGAUUUGUAUGGGAAGCUGCAAAAAUAUGUGAAUAGUGGUGGCAAAACUCCUUUAAGUGAAGAAUUUGCACAAGUAUAUUUGCUGGCAGAUGGGAUCAGAAUAUGGAUGCUGGAAAUGAAGCAGAAGUUCCUCAUGGGCCAGAGAAGUAAUGGGGAGGAGCAGCAGGCUGGUGAGAUGAGCGAGGUAAACCCAGAAUGUCUUGCACAGCAGUGUAUCCAGAAAAGUCUUCUGUUGCUGAAUUUUUUGCCUGUACGGCCCAAGACUGAAGGCCUUAACUCUGAUCAUCUGGAGGACCCUGGGCAAGUCCUUAAUGGUAAACGCCAUAGGACAAGUUCUGUAGUAGAAGCAGAUUUCCAAGCCUCACAUCUAUCACCUGCUUGUGAAGCAACUGGUUUUCCUUUCCCUGAGGGAGGUCAAAACUCUGAACUCAAGAAAAAACAAGUGCCCGAUUCCCCACAGAGGGAACUGGCUUCAGCAUCCCAAAAUAGUUCCCUGGAAAAAAACUCAGAGCCAGAAGAAACCUUGUCCCCCCCUUCUACCCCGACCCGCAAGCCUCCAUUCAGCCGUGGACGGCUACGACUCCUCUCCUUCCGUUCAAUGGAAGAAUCUAAACCUGCACCCAGCAUAAAGGAGAAAUAUCCCAUCUUGAAAGACAUCUUGGAUUUCAUUAAAAAUCAAUCUCUUUCUCAUGAAAGUGUCGUGAAAGUCCUUGCUUUGAGGAAGACUCAAGCCAAAAAUAUUUUGGAAGUGCUAAAGAUGAUCCUCCAGUGCCUAAAAUCCCUCGGCCAACCUCACUGUUUUGUUCCACCUUGCAUCAUUUUCCUGCUGGAACUUUUAGCUUGCCAGAAAGACUUCACAAACUAUUUUGGACACUUAGAAGGGUGUGGAGCUGAAUUACACCGAGAAAUUCGGGAAUCUUUCUACCAGCUGCUUCACUUCUUGGUCAAUGCUUUGAAAGGAUUUAACAACUACAGUGACAAAUCAUUACUGCCUGCCUUGUCCUGUGUGCAGACAUGUCUCCUUCACUUUUUGGAUAUGGGCUGGGAGGCAAACGAUCUUUCCUUCUUCAUUGAUAUUCAACUGCCACGUCUCCUCCUCACCAUGUCACAAGAGAACAUAAGUACACAUGACAAGAUAAUUUGCCAAUGCAACAAAGAAGAAGAAAUUGUAGACUACAAGCAAAACUCAGAGUGGAUGGAUGAAUGCCAGGAAGGAGUUUUUGAAACCUGGUGUGACAAGAUAAGCCAAGCAAGCCCUGAUAAGCAGAGAAAGAUGCACAUGUUCAUUGCCCGCUACUGUGACCUGUUACAUGUGGAUAUAUCAUGCGAUGGAUGUGAUGAGAUUGCUCCGUGGCAUCGUUACCGCUGUUUGCAAUGCAAUGAUAUGGAUCUGUGUAAAACAUGCUUUCUGGGUGGGGUGAGACCUGAAGGUCACGAGGCCAGUCAUGACAUGAUUAACAUGGAGUAUGCGUGCAAUCACUGCCAAGGGAUUAUUGUUGGCCAGCGCAUUAACUGCAAUGUGUGUGAAGAUUUUGACCUUUGCUAUGGAUGCUACUCUGCAAAGAAAUACUCUGACAGCCACCUGCCUACCCAUAGCAUCACUGUGUAUCCAAUGAUGACCUUUAGGAUCAGCGACUGCCAUAGGCUCAUCCAGCCUUAUCUUCACAACUAUUCCUGGCUCCUUUUUUCUGCCUUGGCUCUCUACAGCGCUGACUUGACUUGUGGCAAACAAGCAGAUGGGGAAGAACUCAGUCCAGAAAUCAUCGCUCAUGCUAAAAUCCUACAGCAAGAAUGUGUUCAGCUGAUUGGAGAUUGCCUGAUGAAAGUGCAGCAUGGCAAAGGUCUGAAAAGCCAAACUCUGCUUAGUAUGUUGCCAGAAGAACCUUCGUCUGAAAAUGGGGUGCCCUCCGUUGACUCUUGCACAGAGAGCCAUGUAGAAAACGAUGCCAGUAAGGAAAUCGUGGAAAAUAACAAGAUGCCAAAAUCUGUCAUCCAUAGCAAUGGAGAUGGAAGCACUACUGAAAUUCAGACUUCAGUAAAUAAAAAACAAGAGAGUAAAAUGAAAAUUGAGAACAAACUUUCCAAUGGUCUUCCACCAAAGAAAGAAAUGGUAUCACAGGAGAAACAGACACUUGCUUUUAAUUCAGACUUACUUGCAAAAGAGAGCAUAUCCUCAGAUGUUGAAGUUUCUGAUGUUUUGCCUCCGCACCAAGCUGAAGAAAAAGCAAUGCCUGAUCAAGCGGAAAUAUUUGCUGAAUGUUCCCAGAAGAGGAUUCUCGGGCUACUAGCUGCAAUGUUGCCUCGCCUGAAAUCCGGCUUAACCAUGUCUCUGAUUAACUUGGACCAGAUCCUUCCUCUCAUGUUUGAUGUUGUGAUCUCCAAUGCUGGCCAUUUAAAUGAAACUUACCACUUAACCUUGGGGCUCCUGGGACAGUUGAUUCGAAGACUGAGUCCUGCAGAAGUGGAUGCUGCUGUGAACAAUGUCCUCUCCACCAAGCAUAGCCUUGUGGCUGCUGGUGAUGGCUCCAUAGUGCCAGAAGGCUGGAAAACAACCCAUCUCCUCUUCAGUCUGGGAGCAGUGUGCCUGGACAGUCGUGUCGGAUUGGACUGGGCUUGCACCAUGGCAGAUAUUCUGCGAGCGCUGAACUCCUCCGCUCAGUGGCAUGAUGUGAUUGCUGCCUUCACAGACCACUGCAUCAAGCAGCUUCCCUUUCAGUUGAAACAUACCAACAUUUUCACGUUACUGGUACUUGUUGGCUUUCCAGAGGUUUUAUGCAUGGGAACCAAAUCAGUGUAUAUGGAUAAUGCAAAUGAGGCCCACAAUGUGAUCAUCCUCAAGCAUUUCACAGAGAAGAACAGGGCUGUGGUUGUGGAUGUUAAAACACGAAAGAGGAAAGCAGUAAAAGAUCUCCAGCUGAUUAAGCCAUGUGAGCAAGAUGAUGCUGAGUCUCAGGGCCAGCUCCGCCAGUAUCUCCAACAUUUUGUGUUUAUAACUAGCCAUCUUCUCCAGACCAGCAUUGACAGUAGCCUUGCAGAGGCAGUGGAAGCAACAUGGGUCUUAUCUCUUGCUCUGAAGGGACUUUACAGAACACUUAAGACACAUGCUUUUGAAGAAAUCCGCACAGCCUUUCUGCAAUCUGGCUUGCUUAAGCUAUUGGUGAAGAAGUGUAGCAAAGGAACAGGCUUCAGUAAGACUUGGCUUCUGCGAGACUUGGAGAUCUUGUCGGUCAUGCUUUAUUCUUCAAAAAAAGAGAUAAACUCCAUGGCUGAGCAGAAGGACUUAGAAUUCAAUGAGCGAGAUCAUGAACAAGCAGUAAAUGAGUCUGUUGACACUUCUGAUGCUGAGCAGAAUAGGCUUGACCCACUGGAAGGCUUGGAUGAAACCACCAAAAUAUGCUUCCUGAUGACACAUGAUGCUCUUGAUGCACCUCUACAUAUUCUUCGAGCCAUGUAUGAAUUGCAUAUGAAAAAGACAGAUUCUUUCUUCCUAGAAGUUCAGAAGAGAUUUGAUGGAGAAGUACUUACCAUGGAUGAAAGGAUUCGUACAUUGGCUCAAAAAUGGCAGCCCAGUAAGCGUUUACGCACAGAAGAGCAGAAUUCCAAAGCCCUGGAUACAGAUAUGAUCAUUGUGCCAUGUUUGUCCAAGCCUGCUUCCUGCAGCAAAGCCACUGAAGAAUCCAACCCAGUGUCCCAGAAACUCAUCACCAACACAGAAAGUGACCUCCAACUUAGUUAUGCCAAGCAACGCCGCACCAAAAGUUCUGUCCUCCUGCAUAAGGAGUUGGACUCCAGAAGCAAGAAAACUGUGCGGGGUUAUCUCUACCGAAUCAAUGAAGCUACUGCUGUCCUCUAUGCCAGGCAUGUCCUUGCUUUGUUGUUGGCUGAGUGGCCUGAUGACAUAGCAAUAAGCGAGGAGAUGUUAGAUCUCAGUGGCCCAGCACACAUGACAUAUAUCCUGGACAUGCUGUUGCAGUUAGAGGAAAAACAGCUGUGUGAAAAGAUCCUACUGAAAGUGCUCCGUGGGUGCAGUGGAACCAUGCUAGCAAAGAUGGCACUUACAGCCUGUCAGUUCAUGGAGGAGCCUGGGAUGGCGGUCCAAGUGCGCGAGUCCAAGCAUCCUUACAACAAUAAUACAAAUUUUGAGGAUAAAGUUCAUAUCCCUGGUGCUAUCUACCUCUCAGUCAAAUUUGACUCUCAGUGUAAUACCGAAGAGGGAUGUGAUGAGUUGGUCAUAGCCAGCAGCUGUGACUUCAUCCAUGAUCGUCAUACAUUCAGUGGGCCUCCACACAAAUGGACUGAUUUUGAACUUCCAGGAGAUACACUCUACUACCGAUUCACCACUGACAUGAGCAAUACCGAAUGGGGUUAUAAGUUUACAGUAACAGCUGGUCACCUGGGGAGAUUCCAGACAGGCUUUGAGAUCUUGAAACAAAUGCUGUCAGAGGAAAAGGCAAUUCCUCAUAUUCCACUUGCUAAAGUUUGGGAGUGGCAGGUGGGCGUGGCCUGCCGACAAAUUGGACACCAACGAUUGAAAGCCAUCCACUUGCUCUUGAAGAUCAUACAGUGCAGCAGUGAGAGAGACUGUGAUCUCACUUUGCUGAAGCCACUGUGGAAUCUUUUCAGCCACAUGGAAAAAAACAUGAAGUUUGAAGUGACUAAGCCAGGGGUCCUUCUUCCACUCCACCGGGCACUCACUGAACUUUUCUUUGUUGCUGAGAGCAGAGUUAGUGAACUUGGGUCUCUGCAGGAUUACUUGCUUGCCUUAAAUACGGAAGACCAUCUCUACCACUGUACAGCCCAGGCCCUGAAAAACAUUGCUGCUAUUAGUCUUGCCAUUAACUAUCCCAACAAAUCAACAAGUCCCUGGAAUGUCUAGGAAUGUCUUUUGCUGCUCAGAA